AGAGGCAGCCGUUGUUUAUGAGGACCUCUCCUCAGAGAGGCCUGAGAUUCUCUCAACCAGGGGCUUUGCUUCCCACGAGGCAGAGCGAAGUGGCAACUGGGAUAUUUCUGGUAAAACUGAAAGCAAGAGAAGCAGGGUGCACACUUCACGAGGUACCAGCCCCCGGGGCUGUGGGUGGGGUUUGGUGGAGGUUUGGGUACCAUCCCCCAAGUCACAGAUGAUUGGACCUUUCAUCUGAGAGAAAGGAGGACACACGCUGGCAAAUCAACCUCAAACCCAAGACUGCCCGUGAAGCAAUCUGAAAGGAGAAAACACACACACACCAGCCACAGGGAAGGCUUGGGAAGGCGGGCCGGACUGAGGCACACGCACCGCUUCAGCAGCUGCUCACCAGAACCGGAAGCAAAAUGUCCCUGAAAUUGCCAAGAAACUGGGAUUUCAACCUGAAAGGAGAGGCUGGGAAAAUAGCUCGGUCCAGGAGCGUGAUGACCGGCGAGCAGAUGGCAGCCUUCCACCCGUCGUCCACCCCCAACCCGCUGGAAAGGCCCAUCAAAAUGGGCUGGCUGAAGAAGCAGCGGUCCAUCGUGAAAAACUGGCAGCAGAGGUACUUCGUGCUGAGGGCGCAGCAGCUCUACUACUACAAGGACGAAGAGGACACGAAGCCACAGGGUUGUAUGUAUCUACCUGGAAGUACAAUCAAGGAGAUUGCCACAAACCCAGAAGAAGCGGGGAAGUUUGUCUUUGAAGUCAUUCCAGCCUCAUGGGACCAGAGUCGCACGGGACAGGACUCCUAUGUCCUCAUGGCCAGCUCCCAGGCGGAGAUGGAGGAAUGGGUUAAAUUCCUUAAGAGAGUCGCUGGCACACCCUCUGGAGCGGUGUUUGGCCAGCGUUUGGAUGAGACCGUGGCCUAUGAGCAGAAGUUCGGCCCCCACCUGGUGCCCAUCCUCGUGGAGAAGUGUGCGGAGUUCAUCCUGGAGCAUGGCCUGAGUGAAGAGGGCAUCUUCCGGCUGCCUGGGCAGGACAACCUGGUGAAGCAGCUCAGAGAUGCUUUCGAUGCAGGGGAGAGGCCCUCCUUUGACAGAGAUACAGAUGUGCACACAGUGGCCUCCCUAUUAAAGCUCUACCUCCGAGACCUCCCAGAGCCUGUGGUUCCCUGGAGCCAGUAUGAGGGAUUCCUGCUCUGUGGGCAACUCAUGAAUGCAGAUGAGGCAAAGGCUCAGCAGGAGUUGAUGAAGCAGCUCUCCACCCUUCCUCGAGACAACUACAGCCUCUUGAGCUACAUCUGCAGGUUCCUACAUGAAAUCCAGCUGAACUGUGCUGUUAACAAGAUGAGUGUGGAUAAUCUGGCUACUGUGAUUGGUGUGAAUCUUAUCAGGUCAAAGGUAGAAGACCCUGCUGUGAUUAUGAGGGGGACUCCUCAAAUCCAAAGAGUGAUGACCAUGAUGAUCAGAGACCAUGAAGUCCUCUUCCCCAAGUCCAAGGAUGUACCCCUGUCACCCCCAGCUCCCAAAAAUGACCCCAAGAAACCUCCAGUGGCUCGAAGCUCUGUGGGCUGGGAUGCCUCUGAGGACGUCCCAAUUUCUAGGACAGACAGCUUCAGUAACACGGCCAGCGACUCAGAGGCAACCAGCCCCACUGAACAACAGCCAAGUGACAUGUUUUUGGAACACAGCAGCAAAACUCCCAGGGAAAAGCCAGGGGAUUGGAAGCUGCAAUCACGAAAAAGGACUCAGACCCUCCCUAAUCGGAAAUGUUUCUUAACAGCAGCUUUCCAAGGUGCCAACAGCAGCAAAAUGGAGAUCUUUAAAAAUGAGUUCUGGUCAUCUUCUUCAGAGGCGAAGGCAGGGGAGGGGCAUAGGAGAACACUGUCUCAAGGUGUGCAGAACUUUUCUGAUGCCCAGAGGACUUCCACCUAUGAUAACAUCCCUACCCUGCCAGGGUCUCCUGGGAAUGAAGCAGGGGCACUCUCUUCCCAUGCCUGCGACUCCAAGAGAGAUACUCUUUCGAGCCCAAACUCUGAAACUGGACCUGGGACAAAGAACUCUGGAGAAGAGGGACUGGAGUCUUUGCAAAGGACAGUCCAGGAGCUGCAAAAGGAAAUAGAAACACAGAAACAAGCCUUUGAGGAACAGAUUAAAAACCUUGAGAAGGAAAAUUAUGACGUCUGGGCUAAGGUGGUGAGGCUCAAUGAAGAACUGGAGAAGGAAAAGAAGAAGUCUGCAGCCUUGGAGAUCAGCCUCCGCAAUGUGGAGCGCUCCCGGGAGGAUGUUGAGAGGAGGAACAAAACCUUGGAAGAAGAAGUCAAGGAAUUUGUCAAAUCGAUGAAGGAGCCUAAGGCUGAUGCAUGAGAAUCCCCAGAGUACAGGGGAAGCAGCCCACAGAGGCCCAACACUGCUCCCUUUUUCCUUGCUAUGUGACAGCUGGGAAGCAAAAUUACUCCCUAAGAAGAGAGGACAUUUGGGAAGAAAACAUCACAUUUUCCAGUAAAUAAAUCAGUGGAAUUUGCAGGAAGAUAAGGUUGAGCAGGGACAUAUAUAGACAUCCAUGACUGCCUGUGGCUGUAUUCAAAAGGAUUGCAUUAUUCCACUGUGGUCUCAGGCUGAGUGAUUUGGAACUUUCUAUGGCUCGAUGGCUAUGUCCGAUGGAGACAUUUGGGCCAGUCCACAACUCAGGACCCAGGGAACAAGCUGUCCCCAAUUGAAGCUGGACUGAGGCUUAGUUCUUUGUUGUCUAGGUGUGGAACAACUCAUCUAGUCACAUGGCCGAGGGCAUCUCUGAGACAGAAAGGCUGAAAUUGACCUUCAGCUUCUGAGUGCUCAUCAUGGUUUUGAGGGGCUGCCCUUGCUAAAGCCAGAGCCCCAUUCUAACACUCCCCAAUGACGCACCAUCUCCAGGAGCUGGAAACUCAAAAUUAUUAGUAGACUAAGAGAAAAUGAACAAUAAACUGUAUUUAUGAAAGCAACAUAGAUGAGAAAAUUAUAUUCAAGUAUAGCAAAACAAUAAAUAAAUAAAAGCAGGGCUAUUGAUUCAUACACCUUUGUGAGAGUUAGUAAAAGGCCCUCUUCCCUGGGGCAGAGGCACCGAUCCACCAGCACAGGGCUUGGUGAGUGGGACACAGACUGGAUUCCAGUCCUUACUUGCCUUUCAGUGGCCACAAUUGCACAGGCGGACACGCUCUGAUGUGACUUCCUUUGAGGAUGGUUGGGAGUUUAGAUAGUGACAGUCAUAAUAAUAUAUUUUUUUUCUGUUUCACCAAAAUACAAGUGAUUUCACCCUUUAAAAAAGGGACAUGAGGCCCUAGACCUUUCUAGACAGCUGAUUUUUCCUUUAAGCCAACCUGGCGGAGGCCUCUGGUG